CUGAUGACAACAUUCCCGCCAUAUUCUGAAAUAAAUAAAAACAGUAGUUGCUCCAGUGCCCUAACGUUUUGGAGUGCCAUAGAGAAAAUCUAAACAAUUAGGCUAGGCUUGAAAAUCAUACUAUGAAAUAAUGGUUCUUCAGAAUACAGGGAAGUUCCAUUCCGAUACUGAUGCUGAAGGAUCAAGCACUCGAGAAGAUUCAUCAGAAAAGCGUCUAAAAAGAGCAAUUCUCAAUGACAAAAUUGAUGUACAGUUUGGUUAUGAGCGGUACAAAGAUGCUGCAGAGAAGACUGGAUGGCUCAUUAACAUGCACCCUACUGACAUUCUUGAUGCAGACAAACGACUUAUCAGUGCUGUGGAUUAUUAUUUUUUGCAAGAAGAUGGAGGAAGAUUUAAAGCAACACUUCCUUUUAAACCAUACUUCUUUGUGGCUGCUAAACAAGAUUGUGAAAGAGAAGUGGCAUCUUACUUGGGUAGAAGAUUUUCUGGUAAAAUAGCCACCAUUGAAACCGUUUUUAAAGAAGAUUUAGAUUUGGCUAACCAUUUGGUUGGAUUAAAGCGCUCCUACAUCAAACUUUCAUUUUACAACACUGAGGAUCUAAUAAAAGUGCGCAAAGAUAUUUUUCCAGCUGUUAGGAAAAACAAAGAGAGAGAAAAAAAUUUGGAUUACUACACAACAAUGUUGACAAGCCAUUAUGCUGGUGAAGAAGCUUUGGAGGUGUCAAAGAAAAUUUCAGAUCAAAUGGAGAACAUUAUUGACCUGAGAGAGUAUGAUGUUCCAUAUCAUGUUCGAGUUUCUAUUGAUUUAAAGAUCUUUGUGGGACACUGGUAUUCUGUCAAGGGAAGAGGUUCUCAUGAUAUUGAAAUUAGACAUCGGGAAGAUUUAGUUUCUUGGCCGGAUCCAGUUGUUUUAGCAUUUGAUAUUGAGACAACCAAAUUGCCUCUCAAGUUUCCUGAUGCCCAGACUGACCAGAUAAUGAUGAUCUCUUAUAUGAUUGAUGGCCAGGGCUACCUUAUAUGUAACAGUGAAAUUGUUUCACAAAAAGUUGAAGAUUUUGAAUAUACACCGAAGCCUGAGUUUGAAGGUCCAUUCACUGUGUACAAUAUGCCAGAUGAGAAAAGCCUGCUGCAAAAGUUUUUUGAACAUGUCCAGGAAGUGAAACCACAUGUGUUUGCAACAUAUAACGGAGACUUUUUUGAUUGGCCAUUUAUUGAAACCAGAGCAGCCAUCCACAACAUGGACAUGUUUAGAGAGAUAGGAUUUCAGAAAGAUUCACAAGGUGAAUACAAAAGCAGACCUGCUACUCACAUGGAUUGUUUCAGAUGGGUCAAACGUGACAGUUAUUUACCUAUGGGAAGUCAAAACUUAAAAGCUGUUGCUAAGGCCAAGCUGCGCUAUGAUCCUGUUGAGUUAGAUCCUGAAGAAAUGUGCCGUAUGGCUAGUGAACAACCACAGGUUCUAGCCAACUAUUCUGUAUCCGAUGCAGUUGCCACAUACUAUCUUUAUAUGAAAUACGUACAUCCAUUUAUAUUUGCCCUCUGCACAAUCAUUCCAAUGGAGCCAGAUGAGGUCCUGAGAAAAGGAUCGGGAACAUUGUGUGAGACUUUGCUGAUGGUUCAGGCAUACCAUGCUAAUAUCAUCUACCCAAACAAGCAGGAAUCAAUCCUAAACAAGUUAACUGAGGAUGGACAUGUGCUAGACUCAGAGACUUAUGUUGGUGGACAUGUUGAAGCUCUGGAAUCUGGUGUAUUUAGAGCUGAUUUGCCUUGCAGGUUUCGUAUGGUGCCUGCUGCAUUCCAAGGUCUGCAUGAUUCUGUGGAGAAGACCCUGAGACAUGCCUUAGAAGUGGAAGAGAAACUUCCCUUGUCAACAGUGACCAACUUUGAUCAGGUCUGUUCAGAUAUUAAAGAAAAACUGACACAGUUACGAGACUGUCCAAACCGCUUAGAAAAUCCUAUCAUUUAUCACUUGGAUGUUGGUGCUAUGUAUCCCAAUAUCAUUCUAACAAAUCGGUUACAGCCUCCAGCUAUAGUCAAUGAGGAAACCUGCGCUGCUUGUGAUUUUAAUAAACCAGGAGCCAGAUGUCAGAGGAAUAUGCCAUGGAUGUGGAGAGGAGAAUUUAUGCCCGCCACACGCAAUGAAUUUAGCAGAAUCCAGCAGCAACUGGAAAAUGAGAAGUUCCCACCUCUCUACCCAGAUGGACCACAGCGAGCUUUUCAUCAGCUACCUAAAGAAGAACAGGCUGCUAUAGAAAAAAAAAGAUUGGCAGAUUAUUGCCGUAAAGCCUAUAAAAAAGUACACACCACAAGAAUGGAAGAAAGGACAGCAACUAUUUGCCAAAGAGAAAACAGUUUUUAUGUUGAUACUGUUAGAGCAUUCAGAGACAGAAGAUAUGAAUUUAAAGAUUUGACAAAAGUGUGGAAAAACAAGCUUACCGAUGCAGAAAAAAAGAAUGAUGCUGCUGAAAUAAAGCGUGCAAAUGGUCUACUAGUGUUGUAUGAUUCACUACAACUUGCUCACAAAUGUAUCCUAAAUUCUUUCUAUGGAUAUGUAAUGAGAAAAGGAGCCAGAUGGUACAGCAUGGAGAUGGCUGGCAUUGUCUGCUACACCGGCGCCCAUAUCAUCACUAAGGCUAGAGAACUGGUUGAACAAAUUGGUCGUCCACUUGAACUUGACACUGAUGGGAUAUGGUGUGUGCUUCCUGCCAGUUUUCCAGAAAAUUAUACAGUGAAAACCAACAACCCUAAAAAACCAAAGGUCACCAUAUCCUAUCCUGGCGCAAUGUUGAAUGUGAUGGUCAAGGACUUCUUCACAAAUGACCAGUACCAAGAACUGACUGACCCAGCUACAUUGACUUAUACAACACGCAGUGAAAAUUCUAUUUUCUUUGAAGUAGAUGGACCUUAUUUAGCAAUGAUAUUACCUGCCUCUAAAGAGGAAGGAAAAAAGUUGAAGAAACGUUACGCGGUUUUCAACUUUGAUGGAUCUCUAGCUGAGUUGAAGGGUUUUGAAGUCAAACGUCGUGGUGAACUUGAACUGAUAAAGAUCUUUCAAUCAUCUGUAUUUGAAGCUUUUUUAAAAGGAAAAACAUUAGAUGAUUGCUAUGCAGCAGUAGCAAAAGUGGCUGAUUAUUGGUUGGAUGUUUUGUAUAGCAAGGCUGCAAACAUGCCAGACUCUGAAUUAUUUGAACUGAUUGCUGAAAACCGAAGCAUGUCACGUAAGCUGGAAGAUUAUGGUAGUCAGAAGUCUACAUCAAUCAGCACAGCCAAGAGACUGGCUGAGUUUCUUGGUGACCAAAUGGUCAAAGACACAGGUCUAGCCUGUCGCUUUGUCAUUUCCAAAAAACCUGAGGGUUCCCCAGUGACAGAAAGAGCUAUACCACUGGCCAUAUUUCAAGCUGAACCUACUGUCAGAAGACAUUACUUGAAGAAGUGGCUUAAAGUUUCUGAUGCCUCCAACCUGGACAUAAGAGAUAUUUUAGACUGGGAGUAUUAUGUAGAAAGACUAGGUGGCUGCAUUCAGAAAAUUAUCACAAUUCCUGCAGCUCUUCAAUCAGUUUCAAACCCAGUUCCUAGAAUCCCUCAUCCUGAUUGGUUAAGGAAGAAACUGUUGGAAAGAAAUGAUGUCUUCAAGCAGAAAAAAAUUAAUGAAAUUUUUUCUUCAACAUCAAGACAAAUAUCUAAGGAUAUCUCUUGUGAGGGACAGGAAACUGAAACUUCUGAUAUCACAGACAUAGAGGAUGUGGGUGGCCCAUCCAAAAUCAUGCCUGCGAAAGGACCAAUAGUAGUCUCAAGUAAACGGAAGCGCAAUCACUCAGGAGAAAACCAUAAUGUAGAUGGUUCACAGAAUUGGAAAGAGGCGCUUGGACCUAUGCCACCUGUUGGAAAAACCAAGGAAGAAAGAAAAAUCUGGGUUGAUUACCAGAAGAAAAAGUGGGCUAUUCAGAGACAGAUUCGACAAGAGAGUAAGCGCAGACGCCUGGAUGACAAUGACUUUGUUGUAGAUUUAAGGAGAGGUCCUAGUCGUGGAUUAACUGGAUUCUUGAGGAAAACAGCUAGAUCAAUGAUGGACAUGCCAUGGCAGAUUGUGCAGAUAAUGGAAACUUCAUUCCCUGGACAAUUCAAGCUGUGGGCAUUAAUUGGCUCUGACCUACAUGCUAUCAAGUUAAAUGUACCUCGAACCUUUUAUGUCAACCAAAAAACUGAGAAAGAAGGAGAAGGCGCAUUAUGGAAAAGAGUCCAUAGAACUCUGCCAAGGUCCCAUCCAGUGUUUCAUCUAUAUCAAUAUGAUGUACCAGAACAUAUAUACAUCAAGCACAUCAAUGACAUUACAGCAGAUUUGUCCUCACCAGAUAUAGAAGGUGUUUAUGAAACUCAAGUUCCUUUAGAGUUUCGUGCCCUUGUGAAGCUUGGUUGUGUAGCAACAGUCAAUAGAGAGUUUGCUCAUAGCAUGGAAGGCAAAGAAACAGAUACUUUUGAUAUUAAUAAUUUGAAUUUCCGGAGUGUUGCUCAGUUUCCCUAUUUAAACCCAGGUUCCAUGAAACAUUUGUAUCUUUAUCACCACAAAUGUGGCAACAAAGCAAUGUUCGGUUUGUUUAAUCCUGCUGGAAAAGCUGCUUCUAUUUUUGUCUUUGACACUGCUAUUGGAGACCAGAUGCCAAAUUUAGGGCCAAUGUAUAAUGCUGAAAGAAAUUCUAAAUUGACGCAGGGUACAGAUGAAGAAAUGCUUCCCCCGGCUGGCCUAAGCUUUAAUGUUAAUCUAGGAAAAACAGCUAAUGAGAGACAGAAGUUUGCUCAGUUGCAAAGAUUACUGGUUGAUUACAAAAGAGAAAAGAGAGGUCCUACGUUUAUAGCCAUUCAAAGUGCUUAUGACUUGGCUUACCUGACCAGUCAACUGCCAGAGCUGAGCCAGUUUCCACUGGUUCCUAUACACAUCAGUGACAGCUCAACUCUGUACAAUGUCCUGGACUGGCAGAGGGUUGGGUCUAGACGCAUGUUACAGCAUUACAUCAAUAGUAACAUCUACAUACAGUCUCUGAUGGAGCAAGCUCGUUACCUUCAUGUUCCUGUGGGCAACAUUCCGCAAGAUUUUACCUUGUUUGGCUGUGAUCUAUUUUUGGCCCGUCUUGCCAUGAAACACAAUCACAUCCUGUGGGCAUCACCAACCAACAGACCAGAUCUGGGUGGAAAAGAGGCUGAUGACAACAGAUUGUGUAUGGAACUAGAAGAAAGCAGUGUGGUUGAGUUGAACAAUCCGGGAGCUUACAGUACUGUGUGUGUAGAUGUUGAAUUGACAAGUCUUGCUGUAAAUACUAUUGUUGAGUCUGGCCACAUCAAUGAGCUUGAAGGUGCCAGUGCUGUAAGUUUUGAUGCAGCUCCACAGACAUCCCUGGAGGACAUGAUACAAGGCCAGGGGGCUGCCACCAUGCUUGCCAGCUAUGAUGAAACAGCUCUGUGUGCUACAACAUUUAGAAUUCUUAAAAUGCUGGUUCAAGGUUGGCUGAAAGAUGUCACCACCCAACAAAACUUGCAUGCUGAUAACCAACUCAUCCAUUUUUACAGAUGGAUCCGUUCACCAAAUGCCCUGCUUUAUGACCCUGCUUUGAGGAGAACAUUACACAACUUGAUGAAGAAAGUUUUUAUGCAGUUGAUUGCUGAAUUCAAAAGAUUAGGCUCAAUUAUUGUCCAUGCCAAUUUUAAUCGAUUGAUUGUCUGCACUAAAAAACGCAACAUUGGAGAUGCGAUGGCAUACAUGGAAUACAUAACUACAUCUAUUCGGAGCAAAGAACUUUUUCAGAUGAUUGGCAUUGAUUUUGACAAGUGCUGGGAAUUUCUCAUCUGGAUGGAUCCGGCUAAUAGAGGAGGUGUUUUUGGUAAAACAAGUGAGCUUGAACUACAAGAAUCAUCAGAACAAGAAAAAGAUGAUGAAGAUGAUGAAAUUGAGGCCAGAACUGAUAUGCACUGGAAUAUUGCAACCUUUCUACCUGAGGCUGGAGCUUGUCAGACUAAUUUCAAUAUGUUGAUUGCUGGCUACAUUCUAGCAGUCUAUAAGAAGAUUCAAGAAGAUUCUAACAUGGCACCAGGCAACACACCAGUAAAAAGAAAAUCAAACAGUCAAACACAGAAAGUUUUGGAUGUGACAACGCUACCAUCUAUAGUUGCUUUCUCUCAGAAUUUAAUUCAGGAUCAAUUUUCACAGCACAUGUUUGCGUUGACCCAAAAAAUGCAGAAAAAACUGUCAGUGAAAAGCAAACAAUCAGAUAUGUCUGACAUUUUCCCAAACUUGCCUGGAUCUCAUUUAAACCUGACCAACCCAGCUUUAGAGUUUGUCAAGACAAUCUGUGAGGUCCUCAGUCUUGAUAGUAACAUCACAAUUCAAAUUAAAAAACUGAAAAGAGAUUUGCUCAAAUUAAUUAAUGUUGGAGAAUUUUCACCAAGUGCAGAAUUCAUCAAUCCUUGUCUCUCAUUUGUUUUACCUGAGAUGAUUUGCAAAAGUUGUAAUCAGAUAAGGGAUCUUGAUCUGUGUCGAGAUAUUUCUCAAGGUGGGGAUAACCCCAAUGCUUGGUCCUGUCAGCAGUGUCACACAGAAUAUGAUUCUAGUGAGAUUGAACAAACUUUGGUUGAUGUUUUGCAAAGAAAGUCAAUGGCAUAUGUUCUUCAAGACUUGUCUUGUAAAAAAUGUAAAGGGGUUAAAGAUACCAACAUGACCCUCCAUUGUAAAUGUGCUGGGGACUUUAAGGCUACAUAUGACAUUCAAGAUUUCAUUAGACAAGUGAUAACCCUGCGUGGGAUAGCAAGGCACUACAAAAUGACACUGCUGGAAGAAAUGAUAGAUUGGGUGAUAAGAAUGAACCCUGGACUGGACAUUAUGCACUGAUGAACUAUUCAUUUGAUUGUCUAAUGUGUAUAAAAGAGUUGUUUGAUUUUCAGAUUACUUGAUACUGUGUAAAUCUUUGGUGUAAAUAUUUGUAUAAAGAGUAUUAAAUUACUUGAAAAUUACUUAACUGCUGUUUAGAAAAUUCUUUGUUUGAUAUGUCCAACUUAAAAAAUAAUACAUGUAAUUGACGAUUAUUUCAUUUUAAAGUAAUGAAUGAGUUUAAAAUUAGCAACUUACUCGCAGUAAAUUACUCAAGUGUUUCUACUCAGGUAACAGGCAAUACAAUUAUAUCUAAGCUGGAAACAAAUCCACAAAUUACAUAACAUCUGUAUUACUAAUUAAUAAUUUUAUA